UCUGGGAGCUGAUUGCUCCAAGGGUGGGAUUAAAUCGGCAUUUGCAUGGAAACGUAAUUGUGAUCAUGUGAUUACAAACAUUCUGAAAAAAUGUAGUUACUAUAUUUGGAGGGGUGUAGUUUCUUCCGGACUCGUUGGCUUAACUGAGGAUAAACGAAGCUACUUAUUCU